CUCCGACGACCAGUUCUGCUAUUCGCUCUGGGCCUUUUCCGACUACGCCGACGAGCGUCUUCAUCUCUCCGACUGUUCUCAGUUUGUAAUCCAGAUAUGAUGCCUGAAAGCCUAACAGAGAAUGAAGAGAAAAGAAGGCUGCCAUGGACUCCAAGUGAGAAUCAAGAAGGGGAUUGCUUAAUUAAAGAGAGGAUAACACAGGCCCUUAAGCACUUCAAAGAAUCUACUGAACGACAUGUUCUAGCUCAGUUUUGGGCACCUGUGAAGAAUGGGGACCAGUGUCUUCUCACAACUUCCGGGCAACCCUUUGUUCUUGAUUCAAAUAGUAAUAGCCUUCAUCAGUACAGGAUGAUAUAUCUGACGUAUUUGUUCUCUGUGGAUGGGGAGAGUGACGGAGCCCUCGGUCUUCCUGCUCGUGUUUUCAGGCACAAAUUGCCAGAGUGGACUCCAAAUGUACAUUAUUACUCCAGCAGAGAGUACCCUCGUCUUGAUCAUGCUUUGCAUUACAAUGUCAGGGGAACAUUGGCUUUGCCGGUGUUCGAACCUUCAGUGCAGUCCUGUGUGGGUGUGCUUGAGCUUGUAAUGACUUCGCAGAAGAUUAACUAUGCACCGAAGUUGGACAAAAUCUGCAAAAGCCUUGGGGUUGGUUUCUUUCCCCUGCUAUGUACUUGAGAUUGAAAAUUUUGCAGAUCACUUUCUUUUGAUCA